GCUGAUUCUCCUCAGUUGAAGGUUAUGGAGGACUUCGAGUGCGCAGCGACAAGAGGAAUUAAGAGGGCUGCAGCGAUCAAUUCAGAGGAACUAUGCAUACGUGAUAACAUAUUUUAAACCGGGGUAAUUCCAAGCUCUGAAGUAAAGCGGUGAAACUGAGACGAUGUCUCACGCCGAGGUGGAGUUGGGCGGCCGCGGGUUCGCGAGUCUCUCCAUGGCGGACGACCGUCUGGUCCGCGUACCGUCGGUGCUGCGGACGAACCCCCUGGGCGCCCGGAGGAACUCCUACGGGCUGCAGAAAAUCAGUAUGGACGUCGAAUCUUCCCUCUACAACGGCGCCCUGUCCAAAGCCCUGUCCUGGUCGGCGGAGAACAUCCCCACUCUGUCCGAGUCCAGAGCCGAGGAGGAGAAAACGGACGAGUCCCCUGCGUCGCCGUCUCCCGUUUCCAGCCCGGGCGCCGGCUCCAACACGGAGCCUGGCGGCGGCGGCGUCCCGGUGCCCGGCCUGCUGACGGACAGCUGGACCCCGCACCGGCAGGACGCCAGCUCUGACUCGGACAAUGAGCUGGUCCACAGUAAAAGGCUCAAAGUCCCGUCCCGCGUUUUGCUGGACACGAAGUGGGAGCAGGAGGAGAAGGAGGACGUGGAGACCAAAGCUGUGGCCACCUCUCCCGAUGGGAGAUAUCUCAAGUUCAACAUUGAGAUCGGAAGAGGCUCCUUCAAGACGGUCUAUAAGGGACUGGACACGGAGACCACAGUGGAAGUGGCAUGGUGUGAGCUACAGACGCGUAAGCUGACCAAGGUGGAAAGGCAGCGCUUCAGUGAAGAGGUGGAGAUGCUAAAGGGGCUGCAGCACCCAAACAUCGUCCGCUUCCACGACUCCUGGAAGUCCACGGUGAAGGGCCACAAGUGCAUCAUCCUGGUGACCGAACUCAUGACGUCAGGCACCCUCAAAACGUACCUGAAGAGGUUCAAGGAGAUGAAAUUGAAACUUUUGCAGCGCUGGAGCCGUCAGAUUCUCAAAGGGCUUCACUUCCUGCACACGCGUACGCCUCCUAUCAUCCACCGCGACCUCAAGUGCGACAACAUCUUCAUCACCGGCCCCACCGGCUCAGUCAAGAUCGGAGACCUGGGUCUGGCCACUCUCAAAAGUGCCUCCUUCGCUAAAAGUGUCAUUGGAACGCCGGAGUUCAUGGCCCCUGAGAUGUACGAGGAGAAAUAUGACGAAGCAGUGGACGUCUAUGCCUUUGGGAUGUGUAUCUUGGAGAUGGCGACCUCGGAGUACCCAUACUCUGAAUGCCAAAACGCUGCUCAGAUCUACCGCAAAGUUACCAGUGGAAUCAAACCCGACAGCUUCUAUAAAGUCAAAGUCCCAGAGCUCAAAGAGAUCAUCGAGGGAUGUAUUCGCAUGGACAAAGACGAAAGGUACACCAUUCAAGACCUCUUGGAACACACCUUCUUCCAGGAGAACAACGGCGUGCACGUGGAGCUGGCAGAGGAAGAUGACAUGGUGAAGUCGGGCCUAAAGCUGUGGCUGCGUAUGGACGACACCAAGAAGCUCCAUGGGAAGUACAAGGACAACAAUGCCAUUGAGUUCCUGUUCGAGCUCUACAAGGACGUGCCUGAGGAGGUGGCCCAGGAGAUGGUUGUGCUGGGCUUUGUGUGCGAGGCAGAUUUCAAACUGGUCGCCAAAGCCAUACGGGACCGGGUGACAGCCAUCAAGCGGCAGAGAGAGAAGCUGAGGCGGCAGGCGGAGGAGCAGAAGAGGAAACAGGAACAGGAGGCCAUAGAGGAAGAGCCUGAGCCCCUGCAGCCGCCCUCGCCUAAAGCCCGUGAUCCAGUCGCCCCAGAGAGCCUCACCCCCACCCUGGCACAGACACCUCCAACCCCGGUCCUGUCCCCGGUCAACAGCUCUGUGGAUUCUGGCGUCAGCUCCAGCUUCCCUGCAGAAGCGGAGGAGCCCGAAGCAGACCAGCACUUCCACGGCCGACACAAUAGCUGCUCCUCUGCUAAUUCUGACUGUGAGACGGACGGCUAUCUGAGCUCCUCGGGGCUUCAGGACCCUGUAGAUGUCGAUGGCCUCAACACUCAUCUGACCCCUCCACUCCAACACACCAACAUCCCGCCUGCAAAUGGCCUCCCCUUCCCAGCCCUCCGCUUCCCCUCGAGCAUUGCAGUAUCCAGCAACCCAGAAUGUGGCAACUCAGGCCCACCCAGCGGCUUCAGCUCUCCUGUGGACAGUUACGCCUCAGAUGUGACCUCAGGGUUGAGUGACGGCUAUGAGGGCCUACCAGAGAAGAGUGGCAAAACAGCUGCCAGGCGAACUGCUGGGAAGCUGUUCAGACGAAGAGCCCGGUCAAGACUGCGCAUCACAGGGCUUUCUGAUAAAGUGGACCGGGUGGUGGAGUGUCAGCUGCAGACCCACAAUGACAAGAUGGUUACCUUCAAGUUUGACCUGGAUGGCGAUAACCCUGAGGACAUUGCUGCUGUUAUGGUGCACAAUGAAUUCAUCCUGCCAUCAGAGAAGGAGGGCUUCAUCCAUCGCAUGGGUGACAUCAUCAAGCGGGCGGAGGCUCUCAUGGCGAAAGAACACUCUGUCCACGCUGGCACGCAUGUUGCUUCCCGGCCGCCCUUCCACAACGGGGUGAACUCAUUGUCUGCCUCCCAGCCCAAUCUGCAUAGUCACGGCCUGGCUCGAACCCACUCCUCUUCCUCCUUGCCUGCAUCUCCCCAGCAUUACCAACACCACCACCCAGCCUCCCUGCUGUCCCACCACCAGCAUUACCACCUGCCCUACAUGGGCCACACACACUUCCCAUUCCCGUACCCAUCAGCCCCGGGCUCCCCCAAGUCAACCGGGAGCCACCCCUCCCUAACGCGUGUGGCUAGCAAUCCCACCUUCCCAUCUGCCCCCUCCCCAGCCCCAGGGUCUCCUAGUCCCCUGACCGAAACCGUAACCCCGAGCGGCAAUGAGGGCGUCUCCUAUUCCCCGCCCACACAGCAGCACAAUAGCAUGUGGCCCCCUCACACUCAGCCCCUCUUUUCCCUGGCAAAUGUCAUCUCCAUGGCCAUGAGCAUGGCCCAGUCCUUCAUCCCUGCCAACCAGGGGAUGCCCUCUUUGCCAGGAUACCAACACCAGUUACCCCCCCACAUGGCGCCUCAGUCGGGUUUCCCCUCCGUCUACCCACCUCAUUAUCAGACCCAACCCAUAGAUGCCCCCUACCUCGCAGGAGGUGUGCAAGGGCAGCACAGUGUCUACCACAACCAAGAUGGCACACCCCACAUGGAUGGAUCCAGGUUCCCUCAGAGCGGACACCCUACUUGGCCACAUCCCAUGUCUACCCCGUCCAUGCCCUCUAGCCCCCCAUGGGUCCCUCCGGAGGCGUCGCAGCAGGCCAGAUCCCCCAAGCAAUCCAAUCUGACUCAGCAGGAUGGCUUCAGCAAUUGUGCAGUCCCUUAUCCAGGGCAAGCCCCCGUCAUAUCUCAUCUCCGCUCAGAGAGCUCCAGCUCGAACUCCCUCUCAGAUUCCUCCCCGUCACCUCCGGAGAGCCCGGAAAGCACUUUAUCAUCCUUCAGCCCUCAGUCACGUCCUGCACUCUCUAAGGUGGAUGCCAGUGUCCCCAGGCCUGAUGCCUCCCCCACCGACUCCGCAAAAGUCCAGUCUAAAGCGGUGACCGUUGGGCGCUUCCAGGUGACCCCCAGCAUGGAGAUCCCUGUGGCCCCUGUGUCUGGUGGAGCCGCUCCCGCCCGGCCCCAGUCCGUAGACACGCGCAGCAGCAGCAGCACCUCCUCAGAGAGCACCACAGAAGAACAGGGGGAGUCUGAGACCAGCCUGGGCACCUCCCUUACCAUGUCUCCUCCUCAGCCCCAUCCCCAUAGGGGCACAACCGCGGUCCUCCAGGACCUCGAGAGCCAGGCAGGGUGGGCCGGGCAUCAAGAGCCGCCGCAGCAGCAGCAGAAAGGAAAAGAAGCUGAAGAAGAGGAGGAGGAGGAUGAAGAACCGAAGGCAGAAGAGGCUGAGGGGCGGCAGAGACCGAGGAGGAGAAGUCAGAGGAGAACGUCAAGCCUCAGCCUGAUGGGGACAUCGGCGGACAGUGGGCUCUCAGUGACAGCCGCUGAGUCGGAGGGAAGGCUGUGGGAUGGCGCAGCAAGUAGCCCGCAGUGCAACACGGCCCUGCAUCAUUUAUGGAUGAUGAGCUACAGUCGCAAUACUGCGUACCUGAGUAGCGAUGACUCUGAGAGCGAGGAUGAAGACAUGUUAGAAGAGCUUCAAGAGCUCAGAAAAAAACACCUGACGGAGGUGCAGAGCCUGCAGGCCGCUCAGAAGAGAGAGAUUGAGGAGCUGUAUGAGAAGAUGGGUAAAGCCCCCCCACCGGGCAUCGUCUCUCCCGCUGCCAUGCUGUCCAGCCGCCAGCGCCGCCUCUCCAAAGGCAGCGGUUUCCCCUUGUCCCGCAGGAACAGUCUGCAACGCGUGGACAUACUGCCUCUCCAAGGCAUCAUAAGGAGGAAUUCUCUUGGAGGGAGCAGCAGCAGCUCCCAGGAUAAACCGAGCAAAGGCGUUACCUUUGCCACUGACAUUAGUAGAAUGUAAAAAUCCUCAGCCAAGCAAGCUGUAUAUCUGGACUACCUCAUCUGAAGCGUGACUGCAGUGGUCAAACUCAUCCUGUCGGAGCCAUGUCAUUCGUUUCACCCUUUCUCUGGGACACCGAGGGUUUCGAACGGCUUCCAUCUCUCCUGAUCCGAUGGUCCCAAGGUUCUGCCAGUGGUUAUUUACCUCAAAAUCUGUACACUGUCAAUGGACAAGCUGGAUUUACACAGGAACCCCAAGAUGUGAUUUCUUUUUUCUUUUUUCUUUUAAACCUCCAUGUAACAUAUAUCCAAUUGUUUUAUCGCGAGUUAAACACGGAUAAAUUCCUCAAUAUGGGGUUUCAUUGGGCUAAAAGUGUACUGGCUUUUGUUCCUGUGUAAAUGCAUCCAAGGAAAACGGCUGUCAAACCGAAUUAUUUCCUAUGAGAUCCAGGAUGUCACCUGAACAGGAAUCUGCAAAGUGUCCCGAUGCAUGUUUGCAUUAAGCAGUCGAGUGAUGGCAUGUGCAAAAUGCUGUAGAGAUACUACAACAUGCAGAAAUGGAGACGUGAAUGAUUAUCCUGCCGGCGUGACUCACUGCCAUUGUCAAUCAGAGCACAGUAAUGUGAACCAUAAGGCUGUGACAUGCGUCGCUGUCACUACCAGUUUUAAUCACAGAUGUCAAUAUUUUGGAGGAUGUCUCAACUUUAUUUGCUGCAGUCUGUUAAUGAUGUGUCAGCGCCUGCUGACCGCACAGUAACGUCACCUUUAAUACUAUAGUUUUAGCCUGUCUCUGGAGGCUCGUUGGAGCAGAUCAGAUGUGUUGUACAGUUGAGUAGAACCUCAUUUAUCCAUACAUGUAUUUUGACAGCAUGUCCGUGUAAUAUUGUUGUUGUUGUUUUAUGUCACCCGGACAUUUUACGGAUGACAGAGUGAACUUGUUUUUGUUGGGUUUUUUUUUUUUAGUUCUGACUAGUUCUGACAUUUUCAGAUGUAGUUAAUAGGAUAUCCAGGAGCAAUGUUUGUGUAAAUAUGCAAAUUGACUCAAUCCUAAAAUGAAAAAAAAGGAAAGAAAAAAAGAAGCUGUCACCUCAAAAGAUUUUAAUAAUGUUUGUCCACCUUAAAGACCAUACAGUUUUAACUUUUAGCUUACCACUUAAUUGACAACAAGCUUCCCCCAAACAGACAAAGUUGGACUUUUCCAAAUAUCGAGGUGGGAGAGAUGAGUAAGAAAAACUUUGUUUUGGAAGCUUGGCAUAUCUACUUUCAAAUGCUAUGGCUGGUUAAGAAAAGUUAUGAUUAGUCAUAGUUAAAUCCACCUAGAUUUAGACUACUGGCUUUCCCUCCAAUGUAAAUUGUGUGUGUGUGUGUGUGUGUGUGUGUGUGUGUGUGUGUGUGUGUGUGUGUGUGUGUGUGUGUGUGUGUGUGUGUGUGUG